AUUUUAUGGGUUUUUAAUAUAAAGGAAAAUGACUAAUAUAUUUAUUUCAUUUUUCUUCAAUUUUGAUUUUCCCUAUACUUAACACACAUAUAUAGUUGGCCCUCCAACAAAUAAAGAAAUCAUGAGCUGAUUCAAGUGAGAAAAGAGAAGUCUCUCCAAGAUUAAGAAGACGGCUCAAUGAGUGUAAAAAGCAGUCUCUCAAGCUUCCUCAAGAUCUUAUCUUCUUACAACUCCAAUGUCCUUUUAGCUGCUCUCGUCUUCCUUCUCUUAGUCGUCCUCUUCGUCUUACUUCUCCAUUUCUACGCUCGCUUUUUCUGGUCUCCUUCUCAUCAAGAUUUCUUCGCCGCCGCUAGACACCGCCGGAGAAGACGACGAAACCGGAGAAGAACAAUGACUACAACAAGAAUCAUACCUUCUCUCCCACUAGGAGGUUUCGAUGGUGGAGUUAAUGCUCCUGCUACUGCUGCAACAAGCGAUGACAAAGGUUUGGAUUCUUCAGUGAUUUCUUCAAUUCCUCUGUUUGUUUACGAAGAAGACGAGGAAGAGGAAGAAGAAGAAGAAGAGUGUGUGAUAUGUUUGGGUUUGUGGGAAGCUGGAGAUUUUGGAAGAAAGUUGAGAAAUUGUGGACAUGGGUUUCACGUAGAGUGUAUUGAUAUGUGGUUGUCUUCUCAUUCCACGUGUCCUCUUUGUCGAUCCCCUGUUCUCGCCGCCUCCGUUGAAGAAAACCUUAAGCCGGCCGUUAACGCCGUCGAAGAAGCAGCAGAGGUUAGAUUGCAAAUUUUUCCAACCGGAGAAGAUGAGAACAACAGUGAUCGGAGGGUUUCAAUGUCUCUUGCUGUAAUGGAAGAUGAUCUCAAAACAGGGGAUGAUGACGGAGAAGAAGAGGUUAGAAUUGAAGUGUUUGAUGAUGAGGAGAUCAACGGUGGAGGAUCAAGAAGUGAUCGGAGAAGAUCAAUGUCAAUGACUUCAUCAACAUCAAGUUCGUUGAUGAAGAUGUUAAGUAGUAGUAGUAGAUCGGAGCGUAACAAAGUACUGUUCCCGACGGCGAGGCAAGAUUCGUCUAAGUAGAAAUAUUUUAUAAUUUAUAGAUAAUAUAAAAAAUGUUGUUGUGAAUUGUGAACAAUUUUGGAAAUGGAAUAUGAAUAACCAAAAGCCUCGUUGGGGUAAAAAUGAAAGAUGUAUUGUAUA